UGGCCGCUUGCAGAAGCUGGGCUGGGGAGAGGAGACGCGUGUCCUUUGCAGGGCGAACCACAGCCAGGAUCGGCGGGAAGGGGGCAGAUCGGCGUGGGGAGCGGCCAUUCCCGAGAGUUUCUUUACAGUUUUGGUGACUUGCCUCCACGUUGGUGACUUGCCUUCACGUUCUCCAACCAUGGCUGAAGGGGGUGCAGAUGGGAACCAGCCACCGCGCGAGCAUCCCCGCAAUUUGCAGGGGCUGCUCCAGAUGGCAGUCAUGGCGGGCAACGACGAACAUGAUCAGAUGGAACCGAUGUCUGAUGAGAGGAGACAGUGGUUGCAGGAAGCCAUGGUUGAGGCGUUUCGUGGGCAGAUGGAUGAAGUAGAGCAAAUGAAGGAAUGUUUGCGUAUUUUGGAAGUGUCGAGCCCAGGAGCAGAACGCGGGGAAAGUUCAGAGGAGACGCAUUCAGACCUUGAGCGAAGAGAAAGUGCCCUUGAUGUACUGGCAGAGUUGUGCGAAAACUUGGAUAACGCUGCAGAUUUCUGCAAACUGGAGGGCAUGCGGCUAUUGGCCCACCGAUACUUGGAACAUGAAGAGCAGGAACUGCGCUGGCGAGCUGCCCAUCUGGUGGGCACCUGUGCCCAGAAUGUGCCCAAGGUUCAAGAACAGGCCCUGGCGCUGGGCUGCAUGAGGAAGCUGCUACGGCUGCUGGAUCAUGACCCCAGCGAGGCGGUUCGGAUCAAGGCGCUCUUUGCUAUUUCUUGCUUAGUAAGAGCCCAAGAAGCUGGCCUACAGCAAUUCUUACGCCUUGAUGGCUUCUCUGUACUCAUGAGGGCCAUGCAGAGUAACGUACAGAAACUGAAGGUGAAGUCGGCCUUCCUCCUCCAGAAUCUUCUCAUAAACCAUCCAGAGCAGAAAGAGACUCUCUGUUCCAUGGGCAUGGUUCAGCAGCUGGUGGCUCUGGUCCGAUCUGAACACAGUACCUUCCAUGAGCACGUCCUGGGAGCCCUGUGCAGCCUGGUAACAGAUUUUCCCCAAGGUGUGCGAGAGUGCCAAGAGCCAGAAUUAGCACUGGAGGAACUGCUAAAGGAACGAUGUCAGCUGCUUAAGAAUCAAGAAGAAUUCCAGGAGGAGUUGGAUUUCUGUCAGACCUUGCUGCGUCUUUGCUUCCACAGUCAACCUGAUGAAAACAACAUGGACCGGUAGCUUGGCUGUUUGACAUGGUGGAAGUUCACACCCAUAUUUGGAUCUGUGCCGGUUGGCGGCCUCCGACGGAAACACCCACAUUUGUCCUACAUCCGCUGAACCAGCGGUAAGCUGGAGUAACAGAAGAUCUUUUGGAAACUGCAGUGUGCUGCUGUUAAGCUGAAUGAUCAGCAGGAAGACUUUCAUAAGCUGUUGCUGCAUAACUUCCUUUUCAUCAUCCUGAAAAAUGCACCUAUUAUUAGUAGCUUUCCCCAUCUCGGUGUAGCUUCUCUAGCCUAAAAAAACCAUUGUUUUUAAAGGAUUCUUUCAAUCUUCAACUUUAACUGGGAGAUGAGCCCUAUUUUCUAUUGCGCUUUCCUUGUUUUCAUAGUUGCCAUGCUGAGAAGGGAGAGGCGAGGUUGAGUACCUUUUAAUGGCUUGGCCAUUAAAGCUUUGGAAGAGAAGUCAGUUGGCAGUUCUUUCUUUAGGAUAGUAUUCACAAGCAUGUGCCUUCCAGAUGUUCAAAUUCCCAUCAUCCCUAAACUAUCAAGGACAGGGUUUAUGAUGCUUUAUCUGAGUUCAUGCAGGUAAGAAUUGGAAGUCCACAGGUAUGGAAAACAAAAUUUGGGGGAAAACUCUCUUCUAGCUAUAACUGAAAAGCAGAAAUAUUGCCACACUGCUCUUGAGCACCAAAGUGUUUUCAACACCUUUCAGAUGUUAUCUAGGGGAAUUUUAAAAAAAAAUCUAAAAUCAUUUGGCAGUCACACACAAACCGGAUUCACAAGAUUACUGCAUUUUUUUGCAGAACAUUGGGCAGUCUGGCGAGAGCCAUAUUUUUAAUCAAUAUUAGUUCAGGAUGCUGCUUACAACAAUUGCUAAGUCUUGGGGAUGAUGGGAAGUAGAGAAUCCACAAAUUUCUUUUCCAAAUAUGUAAUCCAAUACAUUUGUUCAGCAAAAAUGAGCUCUUUUUUUGCCUGUGUAGGAAUGCAGGAUCUGUAUGAUAAUUUACUUUUAAAAGUGUUUCAGAUAUGGGAAACUGGAAAAGGUAUGUCAGAUUGGCAAACUUGAAAAGCAGACAAGCUGUUGCUUCAGUAGGGUUGAGGAAUGGAUCAGCAUACACAGAGGUACAAUGAAAUUCCAUUUUCUUUGCAAGUCUUGGAACUCUGCCUUUUUUUCAGCCUUGCAAAUGGCUCUCCUGGUUAGAAAUGGUGAUUGCAGAUCUUCGGAUUUAUUUUUUUCCCCCAUUGGCUUAUGUGAUGUACAGUAUUCAAGCAGCUUGUAUUUUCUAUCACCAUGCCUUGCUAUUGCUGUAUUCUCAACUUAGUUUAUGUUUUUUAACAAGUUUCUCUUUCAGGU